UUCUUAACCAAGCCAAACGCAUUAAAGAACUCAUUUCUUACCUAAAAUUACUACACAGUUUAACCGGAGCUCCGCAACAAUUUGUGACUUGGCAGCAUUUAUCUUUUCUGCGGCUGUCAAAAUAACAAUUGACAGCUGAAAAACAAAAAAAAGUGAAGAGGUGUCUACAUCAACAGUGAAACAGCAAGAUUUAGUCGCUGUGUGAUAUUUUGCUUGUGCAAAUUUUCUUUAUCGGAAAGUUUGUAGUUUUUUCUGUGUUUUACGAAGUUGUGUAUUUGUUUGCGACCAUGCCACACGAUCAUCAACACGGCAGUCCAUGCGGCCAUGAAGCCACUCAUGAUGAUGAGGACCCGUACAACCGCGGCAUACAAUACAGCCUUUACACUAAGAUAGAUAUGGAUAACGUCGUGUGCCUCAACGAAGAGAUCGACGGUAGUGGCCGCCAUGUAUUCAAACCGUUUGAAAACCGCAACGACGUUUCCACUUUUGUUCAAAGUGAUGGUGAUGAGGAGCUGCUAUUUAAUAUUCCGUUCACUGGAAAUGUUAAAUUGAAGGGCAUUAUUAUUGGUGGCCCUUGUGAUGAUACUCAUCCUAAAAAAAUGCGCCUGUUUAAGAAUCGCCCAAACAUGACUUUUGAUGAGGUUGGUUCUAAGGCAGAUCAAGAGUUCGAAUUGGUGCAUGAUCCAAAGUGUGAGGUGGAAUAUGGUCCUAAAAUUGUCUUAUUCUCAUCGGUUCAUCAUUUAUCUAUACAUAUACCAACCAAUUAUGGUAGUGAUGUUACUCGCUUGCACUAUAUUGGAUUGCGUGGUGAAUUCACUGAGGCACACCAACAUGGCGUCACCAUUUGCACUUAUGAAUCAAGACCAAAUGUUUCCGAUCACAAGGAGGAUUUGCUUGAUCAUGUUAACCACACCAUCCAGUAAAAUCACAAAUCUCUCCUUCCAUCAACUUUACACACAAACGCAUAUAAAACUAUUACACACACACACACACCCACACGCAGUCACCCACGUACACACAUUCAUUUAGUAAACUAUUUAACACAAAUUAUUUUUAUAUUAAAAGAGCUGUGAAAUAACAAAAAGGAUGAACACUUCAAAAAUCACAAAAAAAAAAUUUAAUGAUUAUUAUAAUUAAUGAAUUUGCAUAACAUAUU